UGGAUCGCCUUUGGCUUACACAAUAUCAUCGACCAGAACCAUCUCUGAUAGGAAUUAGCUGGGGACCUGCUCGGCCGCCCCGCGCGCGCGAACUAGAAAUAUUGUUUACCAGUUACUUGAGAUUUUAGCAUGGCUCUGGCCUGUUGGGCUGGCGAAUUUUCUCUCGUGGUUGACGCCCAUGCUCUCUGCCGGGCGGUGCUCUGUGCAGAGGCUUAGAUGGGAAUCAGUCGUAGGAGCGGUCAUUGUGGUGUGGUACACUUGUUUGAUUACUUUCUUCAGUCGAAGCUUGAUCUUUUUCGAUUGCUUCGAGCACAAGAGCGGGGCAGUGACAAUCAAUGUGCACAGAGCAGAGAGCUGCGCGGGCUCUCGAUACCUAAGGUUGCAACCUUGGGCUGUAGCCAUGCUGUUGAUCAACGCAAUCGUCACCUCCAGUCCUCUUGUUUUCAUGGUUUAUGAGAUUUCUCGUGGUCGGGGAAGAGGUCCGAUGUUCAAGGCGUGCUUCGAAAAUAUUUAUAGUGGGGCCAGGAGGUCGACAUAUUGGUGGCCGCUAGUUGAGGUAGUCAAGGACUUGACCCUCGCAUCCCUGCCAGUUGUGGUCAACGCAACAAUCGGGAAAGAUGUGGCUGUAACAAGCAUCGCCCUCUCCUGUGUUCUUGCAGUCUACUUGAUGAGCGUCCUCGCCAUGCAGCCCCACGAGGAGCUGCCGCUGCAUCGGCUGGACAUCUCGCUGACGGCGUCGCAGUUGAUACUGCUAUCGGCGGCAGGGGCGCUUACAGAAAAGACAACCGCAGCACGGGAGCUCAUCUUGUUGCUGGUCUUGCUGCCGACGUCGUUGAUGCCCCUGGCUGUGGCGGCAUUUGUCUGCCUCACCCUCGUUACGGCCGUCCUUCCAGAGCGGGCAAAUGCUGCUCUCAUGAGGGUGUGGGUCAGUUCUGCUCGUCUUCGCAGGUGCGUCGCUUCUCUUGGCUUCCAGGACGCGGCCGCCGAUGGCGAGGAGGCAAAACGCUACCUGCAGGCUCUGCUCCAGCAGGAUCCGUGCACGAAGAAGGCCCUCCUGGCUGCAUGCGAGGAGAAAAUGGACCCGCUGGAGGCGCGGCAACUUCUCCACGCCAUCCGCGUGCUUUUCGCGGUGGCACGGGCAGACGAGCACGUUUUCCGCCGGCCUCUGCCCCCUGGAGUGGGGCCCGCGCAGAUCGCGCUCGUCGCGUGCCACCAGCAGGAGGCGGCGCGGCACGAGGCCAUCGACGAGGACGCCCUCGACGCUCAUGCCGUGGCGAGCGCCGAGGACGCGCUGAGCGCCAGGUCGCUGCGAGCGUCGUUGUCGACUCAGCGAGCGUCGAGGUCGACUCGGAGCAUGAGCUCUCGAGGAUGGGCGUGGCGCGAGCAGUGGGCGAGAGCGAGCACGCCUUCCGUGCGGACGGUGUGCGAGCACGAGGCCGACGGAGGCUGCGCCCUCGAGGCCCUGGACAUGGCGAGCGCCGAGGGGGCGGCGAGCACUGUGGAGGGCGCUCGGGGACAAGCGGGCGAGUGGGAGUCCGAGGGCGUGCUGCCCAACGCCGUCGGGGACCUCGCGUGGCGCGUGCUUAUCCGCGGCGCCGCGGCGACCGCGAGUGCCGGAGUCGGCCCGUAGUCAGCGCGCUUCUGCGGCGAUUUUCCGGCGCAUCUCCCUCCUUCUACGUGGAGGGACGCUCCUGCCACGCGCGAGGCAGCGCGCGCAAGGAGUGGAAGGGUGCAUGUGGAGGUGCAGAGGAGGUGGAGGAGGAGGAGGAGGAGGAGAAUGCAUCAGGCAUGUGACCAUUUUGGUACUACGGAGGCCCAAGAGUGUCAGAGGGAUCUGAGACCAUCCAGACGAGCAUAAUACGUGCAGCUCGUACAUUCUUUUUCACGUUUCACUUUUUCUGUAUAUCUGCCGCGACUUCCUUUUGGUUGUACACAUUACGAAGCAGGAGCCAUCCUGGCACAGGCGAACCAGGGCACGGAUGGUUCAAUUUGUGCGCAGGUCCCUGUGAAUGACCGGUAGCAGCAGGAA